AUUUGUAAAGCCUCAAAUUGGGGUUCUUCAAGUUUGGGAGACUAGAAAUUGUCUCAAAAGUGAUUUCAAGAAGUCAUUGAUAAUAUGGUUACCCAUAUUAUUCGUCGGUUAACUCUUUUUUUAUCCGAAUUAAAUAUUAGUCGGUCGAAUAAGUUAUUGGUUUUUUCAUUACCCACUUUCGGCACAUCACAUAUCCAAUCCGACCCGCCUGUUUGCCACCCCUAGUUCUGAAAUAUAAACUUAUUCUUCGAAUUUUAGCAACUCCACAUACAAUUCGUCGUCCAAAUCUACUCCAAAUGAGCUAAAAUUCAAACAUAACUUUCAAAAAUUAUAAAGAACAAAUCCGAAUCACCAAAUUGUAAAAUAACAAUAAAUCUAACGAACCCAUUUUGUAACUAAGAAGAAGAAGAAGAAGAAAUUUAAGCACAACCUACAAUGGUAUUUUGCAGCUAAGAAGAAAUCAAACUGCUCCUAGAUACAUGCGGCAUGCAUACAUAGUAGAAAAAAGUAGCAGCAAAGCUCCUAAAUACGUGGGACAUAAAUACAUAAAAGAAGAACGCAACUAUGAAAAGAAGAGAAAAGCGUAUCUAAAAUUACCCAAAAAUCGGAUAUCGGUUAAACCUUUUUUUUUUAAAUAAGUACAAAUUAAAUGGGGUGACCAAAUGGAGCGCAUGUUAUUUUAUCCUAAAAUCAUACUCCCUUCGUUCCAGCUUGUGACCCUAUUGUGUUUUCAAUCUAUUUCUAAAAAAACAUAUUUCUUUUUUUAAAAGAUAAUAAUUAACUUUAAAUUUUUUAUUAUAUCUUUAAUGAUAAGCUUUAUAGACAUGUUAAUAUUAUAUUAGGUUGAAAAUCGCAUGUUUUGAAUUUUUUUAUCGUCACACAAAUAUUACUAUGUUAAACUUUUGUUUUUGUUUCUUAAACUCAAUUCCUAGUCUAGGAUCACAAACAAUAAAAGAAAUGAAGUAUAACAUACUUUCCACUUGCAACGAUAUCCGCGUAAAGCCAACUGCAAAUAUCAUAUCGCUUUUGUUCAUGAACUUUUAUAGUGCAUGUUUUAUAACAUUACAUUUUUGUUUUGCUGAUUGACAUUAAGUUAUAUACAUUGUUAAUUUUACUCUAUUAGAUUAUUCAAAUGAUAUCUACGUAGUAAUCGAUUUCUUGCAAUGUGAUAUAAAUGCACAACCUUAACCUUGAAUGAAGAACGGAAAAGGGCCUAAACUACCCCUAUUGUUUGAUAAAUGGUUUACUUAUAGCCUCCGUCCAUCUAUCAGUCCCAAAAUACAUAUUCCGUCCAUCUAGUAGCCCACAAGUAUACAUUACGUUAAUUUUAUUAAUUAAAAUACCCCGACAUUUAACGGCAGACCAGCUGGACCUUCCAACUAAUGCAUUGGCGUCUUUUUACUGGGCCACGUGACACUCUUAUCCAAAAACAAAUCUGAGUAAAACUAAAAAAGCUAGCAUCAACUGUUUCAACAUUUUUCGUUAUCUAAUGGGUUCAAAUUCGGUUCAACAGCUUGAACACCAUUGACGACCACACGAGGAACGGAAGGGGAAGAAAGUGCCCGAUCACCCUUUUUUUGAAUUGCUUCAUGAGAAUUAGGUUGACAACUGACUUCAUUAUGAUCAUGAAAAGCUUGAGGAACACCAGUACCAACUAUUUGAGCUGGGGAAUUGCAUGGCUUGGGCAUUUUGUAGAACACCUGGUAAUCCAAAUUUGCAGAAUUGCCUUUUUGAAUUGUUAUGCAAACUCAAUGUGGGAAUGGGUUUUUGAUUGACGAGUUCACGGUUGUUAGCGUGGUAAAUACUUAUGCAGGUUUGGGUGCAUUGAGCUUGUUGCGUGAAUUGCAUGGGUUAGCAACUGUGAUUGGUGUGAGGUUUAAUCUUGUGGUUUGCAAUGCACUUAUUAAUGCUUAUGGGAAAUGUGGCAAACCCGGGUACUCUUAUUUUAUUUUCUGUCAAAUGCGCGAGACUGAUGUAUUCUCGUGGACUUCGCUGUUGGUUGCUUAUAUACGUGCGUCUAGAACGGCAGAUGCGUGCUCACUUUUUGAUCAUAUGCCGAUCAGAAAUGUGGUGGCUUGGACUGCUCUGAUCACAGGGUUUAUCCAAAAUGGAGAAGGAGAUAAGGCUUUGUGUACUUUCAAGGAAAUGCUGGAAGAAGGUAUUGUACCGCGUGCAUCCACUUACGUUGGUGUCCUAAGUUCUUGUGCAGACAUACCUCUUAUUGAAAAAGUUAAUGCUUUGGUUGACAUGUAUUCUAAAUGUGGAGACAUGAUAUCUGCUAUGAGAUUGUUUGAGAGGUUAGAUGGGAAGGAUCGAGUUACUUGGAACUCGAUAAUAAAUGGAUUUGCUCAAAAUGGGAAUGGAGUGAUGUCUUUGUUCAUGUUUGAGAAAAUGAUUGAAACAGAUACAACACCAAAUCAUGUAACUUUUCUUGGGGUUUUAUCUGCCUGUAGCCACUGUGGUUUAUUACCUGAAGGAUUUCAAUAUCUCCAUUCAAUGGAGAGGAAAUACGGUAUAGUACCCCAGUUGGAUCACUAUGCCAUCUUGAUUGAUUUACUUGGACGGAAGAAUAUGCUUGGAGAAGCUGCGGAUUGAUCAAGAGAGCUCCUUGGGGAAGAGACAAUAUUGGAAUGUGGGGCGCACUUUUGGGUGCUUGCAGGGUACAUGGGAACUUGAAACUUGCUAGAAGGGUGGCAGAAGAUCUAUUUGAGCUGGAACCUGAUAAUGCUGCCAGGUAUAUUAUGUGAUCCAACAUCUAUGCAGCAGCAGGAAGGUGGGGUGAUGCCCGCACUCUGCGAAGGUACAUCUAUGACAGAGGAUUUACCUGUCAUUAUGGCGAAGGUGGGGUGAUGCCCGCGUUAUGGCGGUCCCUCAUAUCCUAUUUAAUGACUAUCCUGUCAUUUUUUUCUCUCUCAAAACUGUUCUACUUCUAGCACCAACUCCUACUUACUACAGUAAUAUUCAGAAAAUUUUAACUAUCACUUUAAUCUUGUGCCCAGUUAAACCAGGACAUUUCAAAAAGUUUAACGAUUAUGAAACUGUCAUUAUUAUUUUCAUUUUUGGUUUAAAAUGUUAGGUUGCUUUAAAAGAAAAAGGCCCAAUCUUUGGGGCUUGGGCCGCAACGUGGGAGAUGGCCGGAGGAGACUGGCUUGGGCUUUGGGGCAUUUGCAUCUAUACCCGCUUUUUGGGUCACGUUUUAACUUGUGUCCGCUUUGCAAAAAAAAUU